AUGGCACCAACUCAACGUCCGCGAUCUCUGGAUGAACUUAGAGAACUAUCAAGGCCAAACACCUAUGACCCUGAACGAUCUUUCAAAGACCAGCUUCGUGCCAUAGACGCUCUUCGAAACCAGAGCAUUCACCAUAAAGAGAAGGAUGACCUCGAGAAUGCUUACAUUUACAUGGCUCAGGCUACAGCUAUCAUGCUCGAUAAGCUCCCUUACCAUUCACAGUAUGAUACUGUCCUCAGCUCCAAGCAGAAAUCCGACCUUGCCUCUGUA